GUAAGGAAGGACUCUGGGGCCUUGGCCAUGAAAGAGUGAGGAAUGCUUCUGUGGCUGGGCAGCUCCACAGGUUGCCUGCACAAGCAGCCUGCAGUAACCUGCAAAAGCUGCCGCAAGAACAGGCAAGAAAAACCUACUGUAUCUCUGCAGACUCAAAAAUCAUCAGCCAGCUGUGGAAACAGAGACUGGCCGAGUAAUGGAGAUCAGGCCGCUAUUGCUUAUACUGUCUGUGUGUGGGCCGACGUGGGUCACAACUUUAGACAUGGAUUAUGGUGGCGUGCCUCUGUGGAUCAACCGCUUUCUUGGGGAGCCCAGCGCGUUGACCUUAAGGGAUCGGAUGGAGCCAGGUUGGUUCCGAGCAGUCAACAGACAGAGCUGCCCCCUGGAAUGUGACUGUCCAAUUCAGUGGCCCACAGCUUUGUAUUGUGAGUACAGAGGCCUGCACCAUCUUCCAGAAGGCCUUCCUUCCAGAACACAGUACCUCUUUCUGCAAGGUAAUGCGCUCACUGGCUUCGACUCCAGAGCCUUCGCCAAUGCCUCUAAUUUACGAUGGCUGUUCCUGGACCGCAACCAGGUUCUCAGUGAGAGACUUGACCAAAUGUUGCUGUCCAAUCUCACCCGAUUAGUGAACCUCUUCAUGAACCAUAACAACCUGACAGAGGUGCCAGCAGGGUUGCCCAGUGGACUCAAGCAGCUUCGACUUGCAUACAAUCACAUUGAGAGGAUUCCCCCAGGAGCUUUCCAGAAUCUACAGAAUCUAACACUCCUUCUGCUCCAAGGCAAUCGUCUGAAAGCUAUUGGAGAGGCUGACUUCAAAGGGCUUCCAUUCCUUAACUUGCUGGAUCUCAGUCACAAUCUCUUGGAGACGUUCCCCAAGCAUCUGCCUCCAUCUGUUCAACAGCUCUACCUCACCAGCAACACCCUGACAGGCAUGUCUGAGGCCAGCCUCCAAGGCUUUAAUGGACUCCGCUAUUUGCGCCUUAGCCAUAACCAGCUGAAAAACGAGGGGCUGGCCUAUGGUGCGUUCAACGUGACCUCUCUAGUGGAACUGGACCUCUCUUACAAUCAGCUCACUGAAAUACCAGUUGUUCCGACCACCCUUCAGUACCUCUAUCUGGAGGUUAACCACAUCAGAGAAUUUAACGUGAGCAGUUUCUGCAGAACGGUGGGUCCAACAUCAUAUUCACGCAUUAAGACACUGCGGCUGGAUGGCAACAAGAUGGCACAUCAUCAACUGCCUCCUGACUGGCCAUUCUGUCUCAGAGUCCUUCACAACAUUUACAUCUGACCUGUUCCCUAAAUA